AUGCAACCGGCCACUGCACCGUACCUUCUGCGCUCGUUGUACAAGGAUGAUCACAUCAUCAGCACGCAUCUGAAUCGGCAAAUCACAAAUAUAGUCACUGCUCUCUUCGGCGCACACACCACCAAUUGCUACGAUGCGCAACUCUGUUACUUAGCAAAGGGGAUUUAUGUGGCGUUUGCGCUGCUGCGUGGGCAGACGUUGGGACAAGAAUUCUGUGACCUCUUACCAGUGACGGGUAGUAACCCACCUCGGCUGGUCGGCAUGCGGAGAAAGCUGCUUCUCGCAACAUUUCUCGCUUUGGAACCAGCGGUAGUUUUUCAAUUUGCAGUGCGUUUAUUCCCCCGGCUCCCACCACACGAUGUCGUAUCGAAUGUGAGCAAAUGUACUUUGAUGAUGUUGAUGCUGCUUGAAACAUACGGUACUCUUGCCCACCGUUUCCUCAGAGUGCGUUAUCUCAGCCUUGUGCCUUCGGGUGCCCUUCAAAAUGGUGAAGGUGCCCCCCGUACAUAUCUUAAACUAGGAUUUGUGUUAAUGCUCGAGCUGUUGAUUCGGCUCUGGCGGGCUGUGGCAGAAUGGCGGGGGAAUCGUGGCGCGGGUGAACAAAAUGAGCAGGGCGGAGCUGCAGGUCGCGGAGAGGAUGAUUCAGACACGGCGGAUGAGCAUGCGUCAGUGUCUGGUAAAUGCAUGCUUUGUCUUGGGAACCGUAAGCAGCCCACGGCAACUCUCUGCGGCCAUAUUUUCUGCUGGCGCUGCCUUUCAGAGUGGAUUAAGUCGAACACACAGGGAGCCAUUUGUCCUUUUUGCAGACGGCGAAUAACAGUAAACUCGUUAGUCCCGCUCUAUUUCUAUGUGGCGAAGGAGCCCCCGGUUGCGGAUGGCGACAGCGGUGCGUCGUAG